AUGAGGAAAUACAAAACCGUCUUCUGCACGACGUUGUUCUCGAUCACAACGGCAGAGCUGUUCAGCACACUCAGCGAGGAGGAUGAGGAAGACCCCAUCAGGUACAACGGCGUACUCCCACUUCCAUCCAUGAUGAACGUGUUGCCCAACACCGCGAACAGGGAGUUCCACGACACCUCAAGGACACUACUGACGAUGUGA